AAGUAGCAUUAAAUCGUUGUGUUGCGUUAGUUUGGCGCCUCUGUGUGCACGUUUUAACGCAUAAUGCUUACAUUAAAGGAGCUUAAUGUGUAACUGAACCCUCGGGAGACGCUAUAAACAUUACUUAUUCGCUGUUCUGAUAAGCGGGAGUCCAGAACAAGUCCAUUUCCACCGGGGAGUCUGCCCUCUUUUUCUCUGCGGGCAGGAGCAGACGCGUGGGCGCUUGAGCGAAUUGAAACAAACCGACAGCCGCGGCAGCCAAUCACACGCCGAGUAGGACGUCUCCUCCGCCGCCGCAGCCAAUCAGAGCGCGGAGGGGGCGUGACCCGCGGUCCAAACUUUACGCGGCGCCAUCGGCUGCAAACUAACCCGAGAUGGAAUCUCCCGGUCUGAACCGGUUUCAACCGGUUGCGAGUUAGUCGUUAGAGAGGAGCGAGGAGGCGUCAGACCCACCGGAGCCCCGACCGUUACCUCACCGGAGCGCCACAUUACCGGACGAUGAACCGGAGCGACGCGUCGCCGUGAUCGUCGGAACCCGCCAGUUGUAUUUAUUGAUAUUUAAACCCAUUAAAGCUUCUUCCCGGGCAGUUUCCCCCCCCCGCCGCGGCUCCAGAGCUCUAUGCCAGCAGUUAUGACAAUGUUAGCCGACCAUGCAGCACAGCAGCUGCUGGACUUCAACCAGAAACUGGAUAUCAACCUGCUGGAUAACGUGGUGAACUGUCUGUAUCACGGCGUGGGACCUCAGCAAAGAAUGGCACAAGAGGUGUUGACGCACCUGAAGGAGCACCCGGACGCCUGGACCCGAGUGGACACCAUCCUGGAGUUCUCCCAGAACAUGAACACCAAGUACUAUGCUCUUCAGAUUCUGGAAACGGUUAUCAAAACAAGAUGGAAGAUUCUUCCCAGGAAUCAGUGCGAAGGUAUAAAAAAGUAUGUUGUUGGUCUCAUUAUCAAGACUUCAUCAGAUGCAACAAAUGUGGAGAAAGAAAAGGUGUACAUUGGGAAGCUGAACAUGAUCCUUGUUCAGAUCCUGAAGCAGGAGUGGCCCAAACACUGGCCCACCUUCAUCAGUGACAUCGUGGGGGCGAGUCGGACCAGCGAGAGCCUUUGUCAGAACAACAUGGUCAUUCUCAAACUGCUCAGCGAGGAGGUCUUUGACUUCUCCAGUGGACAGAUGACCCAGGUUAAAGCCAAGCACCUAAAAGACAGCAUGUGCAAUGAAUUCUCCCAGAUAUUCCAGCUCUGCCAGUUUGUUAUGGAAAAUUCCCAGAACGCCCCUCUGGUCCACGCCACUCUGGAGACCCUCCUACGUUUUCUCAAUUGGAUUCCCCUGGGUUACAUCUUCGAAACCAAACUAAUCAGCACUUUGGUGUAUAAGUUCUUGAACGUGCCCAUGUUUCGCAACGUGACACUGAAGUGCCUCACAGAGAUCGCCGGUGUGAGCGUGAGCCAGUACGAGGAGCAGUUCGUCACACUCUUCACUCUGACCAUGUGUCAACUCAAACAGAUGCUGCCUCUGAACACCAACAUCCGGCUGGCCUACGCCAACGGGAAAGAUGACGAGCAGAACUUCAUCCAGAACCUCAGUCUGUUCCUCUGUACUUUCCUUAAAGAGCACGGGCAGCUCAUUGAGAAGCGGCUCAACCUCAGAGAAACAUUAAUGGAGGCCCUCCACUACAUGCUGCUGGUGUCGGAGGUGGAAGAGACGGAGAUCUUCAAAAUUUGCCUGGAGUAUUGGAACCAUUUGGCCGCCGAGCUCUACAGAGAGAGUCCCUUCUCUACGUCCACGUCCCCGCUGCUCUCUGGCAACCAGCACUUUGACGUGCCACCACGCAGACAGCUCUAUCUUCCCGUACUCUCCAAGGUGCGUCUGCUGAUGGUAAGUCGGAUGGCCAAACCGGAGGAGGUACUGGUGGUGGAGAAUGACCAGGGCGAGGUGGUCAGAGAGUUCAUGAAGGACACGGAUUCCAUCAACCUCUACAAGAACAUGAGGGAAACCCUUGUGUACCUGACUCACCUGGACUACGCGGACACAGAACGCAUUAUGACGGAGAAGCUCCACAACCAGGUGAACGGUACCGAGUGGUCCUGGAAGAACCUCAACACGUUGUGCUGGGCCAUCGGAUCUAUCAGCGGGGCCAUGCACGAGGAGGACGAGAAGAGGUUCCUGGUCACCGUCAUAAAGGAUCUGCUGGGUCUGUGCGAGCAGAAGAGAGGAAAGGACAACAAGGCCAUCAUCGCCUCCAACAUCAUGUAUAUUGUUGGCCAGUAUCCACGCUUUCUCCGAGCCCACUGGAAGUUCCUCAAAACGGUGGUCAACAAACUGUUUGAGUUCAUGCACGAGACCCACGAUGGUGUUCAGGACAUGGCGUGUGACACCUUCAUCAAGAUCGCCCAGAAGUGCCGGCGCCACUUCAUCCAGGUGCAGGUGGGAGAGGUGAUGCCCUUCAUCGACGAGAUCCUCAACAACAUCAACACUAUCAUCUGUGACCUUCAACCUCAGCAGGUGCACACGUUCUAUGAGGCAGUAGGUUAUAUGAUCGGGGCCCAGACGGACCAGGCUGUUCAAGAGCACCUGAUAGAAAAAUACAUGCUGCUCCCCAAUCAGGUGUGGGACAGCAUCAUCCAGCAGGCCACCAAGAACGUGGACAUCUUAAAGGACCCUGAGACUGUGAAACAGCUGGGCAGCAUCCUGAAGACCAACGUCCGAGCCUGUAAGGCCGUGGGUCACCCCUUCGUCAUCCAGCUGGGACGGAUUUACCUGGACAUGCUCAACGUCUACAAGUGCCUCAGCGAGAACAUCUCUGCUGCCAUUCAGACAAAUGGUGAGAUGGUGACGAAGCAGCCCUUGAUCCGGAGCAUGAGGACGGUGAAACGAGAGACACUGAAGCUGAUCUCCGGCUGGGUCAGCCGAUCAAACGACCCGCAGAUGGUAGGGGAGAACUUUGUUCCACCGCUGCUGGACGCCGUCCUCAUCGACUACCAACGCAACGUCCCCGCCGCCCGCGAGCCCGAGGUCCUCAGCACCAUGGCAACCAUCGUCAACAAGCUGGGGGGACACAUCACCAGCGAGAUACCCCAGAUCUUUGACGCCGUCUUCGAGUGCACCCUGAACAUGAUCAACAAGAACUUCGAGGAGUAUCCGGAGCACAGGACACACUUCUUCUACUUACUCCAAGCUGUAAACUCCCACUGCUUCCCCGCGUUCCUCGCCAUCCCCCCGGCCCAGUUCAAGCUGGUGCUGGACUCCAUCAUCUGGGCCUUCAAACACACCAUGAGGAACGUGGCUGACACUGGUCUGCAGAUUCUCUACACGUUGCUGCAGAACGUGGCCCAGGAGGAAGCAGCCGCUCAGAGUUUCUACCAGACGUACUUCUGCGAUAUCCUACAACACAUCUUCUCCGUGGUCACCGACACAUCGCAUACUGCUGGUCUGACGAUGCACGCGUCCAUCCUGGCCUACAUGUUCAACCUGGUGGAGGAGGGGAAGAUCACUACAGUGCUAAACCCCGCCAGCCCCACCAACAACCAGGUGUUCAUCCAGGAGUACGUGGCCAACCUGCUCAAGACCGCCUUCCCCCACCUACAAGAUGCUCAGGUGAAGGUGUUUGUGACCGGCCUGUUCAGCUUAAACCAGGACAUUCCUGCCUUCAAGGAGCACCUUAGGGACUUCCUCGUCCAGAUAAAGGAGUUCGCCGGCGAGGACACUUCGGACCUGUUCCUGGAGGAGAGGG